AACAAAACAGAAACACUUGGACUACAGACAUUUCUUCUCUCUCUAUCCUUGUGCCAUUAAUUUGCACUGAAGAACUGGGAAUAAAAGAAUCAGCUUUUUUUCUUUUUUAUGUAACAAUAUAUGUUUCAUGCGGCUAGAUCUUAAUGGUAACAACCAAAGGUUUACGUUCUUCGUUCAUGACUCGAAAUCGCAUUUUAAAGUUAGUAUGACUUCCAAAUAAGGCUCUAACUGACCUGUACUUUCAGAAGACAUUGUUAGUCACUUACUGAACCUUGUGUGCUACUGGUCUUCCGAUGGCUAAUCAUGACACUGCGAAAACCCCAUUUCUCGGGGGCUCUAUUAAUGAUGCUAAAAAGAAACAGAAGGAAGACGACAUCAAUUUUAGAAGGAUAAGAUUUCGACAUACCAAAAGCAACCCUUCUAUACACUACAGGCCCCCUAAAAUUAAAACCCAGGGGUAUAAUCCUCCAGAACCUCCCCCAUCCCCAUCUAAUCCCAGUGAAAAACCUGUCCUUUUUCAUGUGUUCUUAGUAUUGGCCUUGUACCUUGUUGUUGGGACAUUUUGCUUCGUUUUCAUCAGGGGUCAGCUAAAGGGAAAGAAAACAAAUGAAGUAGUUGAUGCUCUGUAUUUCUGCAUUGUUACAAUGACCACUGUUGGAUACGGAGAUCUCGUCCCUGCUACCACUCUGGCCAAGCUCCUUUCCAGCAUGUUUGUAUUCAGCGGAAUGGCUAUUGUCGGUAUGAUUCUCAGCAAAGCAGCUGACUACAUUGUUGAAAAGAAUGAAGCGCUUGUUGUCAAGGCUUUUAACCUCCAAGAUGAGGUUAACUCCCCUGCUGAGUUACUCCAAGUCAUGCCUGCUGGAACCAGUAAGACUAUAUACAAGUUUGUCAUGUCCUCCAUCCUUCUCCUAUUGCUUAUGACUUUCGGAACAUUGUUCUUAACAUUUCACGAAGGACUCAAUCUCAUUGAUGCCUUCUAUUGUGUCUGUGCCACUAUCAGCACUCUUGGUUAUGGGGAUGAGAGCUUUGCUACCUCAAGAGGCCGGCUUUUUGCUGUGUUUUGGAUAUUGAGCAGCACUAUAUGUUUAGCUCAGUUCUUUUUCUACCUUACUGAACUCUAUACAGAAAGGAGGCAGAAAUCCUUCUUGGAUUGGGUUCUUACCAGGAAGCUUACGCAUGCUGACAUUGAGGCAGCUGACCUUGAUGAUGAUAACGUCGUAAGUGCUGCAGAGUUUGUUAUAAUGAAGCUAAAAGAGAUGGAGAAGAUCACUGCCGAGGAUGUCACUAUGUUGAUGGAGUGCUUCAGGAAUUUAGAUGCGGAUGAUUCAGGAACAUUGACAGCAGCCGACAUAGUAAACACGGAAUAAUCUGCAGGAUAUGGAAACAUUAUACAUUCCCAACCUUAGAGAAUUCUCAGUCUUUAUUUUCAUAUUUUAUACUUGUGAGAAAAUGUAGCAUCUUCAGAACAAUUGGAUCCUUUGGUUUUUGUUACGAUGUGGUGUUAAGUUUCAAGCAAGCAAAAGAAGCUAAAUUUAUAUAUUCAAGAAGCAGUCAGUUUCACAA